CACAUAUUUUUUCAACUUAUAUUGGUGUUUGAUUUUCUUAAUAGUUAUAAACGUUAAGUUCUUAGUGUUUUUUCUUUGUUUCCAAUAAUAAGGAAUUCUCAAUGAUGACGAAGUUUUUACUGCUACUCUGCUUUACUGCAGUCCACGUUCUGGGUGAUGUCCAAGAAUCUGUUUUGUCUAGCAAGACUGAUAAUCUUUCAACAAAUGUGACAUCUGCACAGAAUGUCCCUCAACAACAUUUUGCAGUAAAUUCUUCCAGCAAGAUAAUUUCUGGAGAAGUUGUGCCAGUUCCUGUAGACUUAGGCGAGAAUAAAACAAAGCCAGAAGAAAUUGCAGUUAGUCCAAGUUCUGUUCAAAGUUCUACAAUCACUCCAAUUCAUUCUACUGUUAUACCACCAGAUACUACAACUGUUCUAAUUAAUAUGACUGAAACAUCUACUGAACAAAUUCCACAUGUGACAAAUGAACCAGCAGUUAUGCAAGCUCCAGUGAACACCGCUGUGGUGGCUUCUUCUCCUGGCAAAUGGAUAAUUAAUGGAACAAAUAAAAUCUGUAUCAUAGCACAGAUGUCUGCAUUUUUUAAUGUCUCUUAUGUGAAUGCCACUAAAAUGCCAUCCUUUAAAACAUUCAAUCUACCAGCAGGCAACAGAACUGUGAAUGUAAGUGGAAAUUGUGGCGAGACCGAACAAAAUUUGACACUCACCUGGUCCGAUACAAAUGUAACUAAUGCCAGUAUGACUAUGCAUUUCAUGAAAAAUGCAACUGAGAAGCAUUAUUCUCUACAUCAUUUGGAGCUUACUCUUCAAGCAACAGAUUUUCCAAACAGAAACCAAUCGCUGGUACUAGUGAAUGAAACUAAAUCAUAUUUUGAGGUUGGAGUAUCCUAUGCCUAUAAAUGCCUGAGGCAGCAAAAACUCGAUUUGAAACAAAAUAACACUAAUGAAACAUCUGGAUACGUAAUUCUAUGGGAUCUUGAAUUCGUAGCAUUCAAGGCUGAUAAUUCUGCUGUGUUUGGUUUAGCUCAAGAUUGUGCUUUUAACACACCGGAUGUCGUACCAAUAGCAGUAGGCUGUAUACUAUCAAUAUUAGUGGUAUUCGUGUUGAUUGCAUACACAAUUGGUCGUCGACGAAAUCAAAAUCAUGGUUACCGUAGCAUGUAA